AUGGUUUCAGUUAGGAAUCCACCCAAGAUCGUCUGUGUGAUUGGCGCUGGCCCAUCUGGGUUAGUGGCCGCUAGAGAGCUCAAGAAAGAGGGCCACAAAGUGGUGGUUUUGGAACAGAAUCAUGAUGUUGGAGGCCAAUGGCUCUAUGAUCCUAGACUUGAUCAGGAUGGAAAGGCCAUUCAUAGCAGCAUCUAUGAGUCGUUGAGGCUCACGUCUCCUAGGGAGAUCAUGGGGUUUACUGAUUUCCCUUUCUUGAUGAAGAAAGGUAGGGAUACAAGGAGAUUUCCAGGUCACAAGGAGCUUCUGUUGUAUCUAAAGGAUUUCUGUGAAUGGUUUGGUUUGAGGGAGAUGAUUAGGUUCAAUACUAGAGUGGAGUAUGUUGGGAUUCAGGAUUAUGGUGGUCUUGGAAAAGAUUUAAGAUGGAUUGUUAAGAGCAAACUUAAAGAUUCUGAUCACAAGGUGGUUGCUCAAGUGUUUGAUGCUGUGGUUGUGGCCACUGGACAUUAUUCUCAUCCUAGAUUGCCUUCUAUCAAAGGAAUGGAUGCAUGGAAAAGAAAGCAAAUGCAUAGUCAUGUAUAUAGGGUUCCAGAGCCAUUUCGGGACCAGGUGGUAGUGGUGGUGGGGAACUCACUAAGUGGACAGGAUAUAUCAAUGGAGCUUGUGAAUGUAGCCAAAGAGAUCCACAUAAGUGCCAAAUCACCUGCUGUUUCAGAGGGUCUAUCAAAAGUCAUCUCCAAAUAUGACAAUUUACAUCUUCAUCCAAUCAUAGAAUGUCUACACGAAGAUGGAAGGGUCGUGUUUGCGGACGGUUCAUGGCUCACUGCAGACACAAUCAUAUACUGCACAGGGUAUUCAUAUUCAUUCCCAUUUCUUGACACCAAAGGAGCAGUAGCUGUGGAUGAUGACAGAGUGGGACCAUUAUAUGAACACACUUUUCCCCCAAACCUUGCACCAUCUCUCUCCUUUAUAGGCAUUCCUAGAAAGAUCAUAGGGUUCCCUUUCUUUGAAUCACAAGCAAAAUGGAUAGCUCAGUUGCUGUCUGGCAAGAGAACUUUGCCAUCAAGAGAUGAAAUGAUGAAGUCCAUUCAUGACCUGUAUCAAUCUAGGGAAGCUGCUGGCAUUCCUAAGCAUAAUACUCAUGAUGUAGCCGAUUUCGAGUACUGUGAUAAGUAUGGUGAUCAUGUUGGAUUCCCUCACUUGGAAGAAUGGAGGAAAGAUCUUUGUAUUUCAGCUCUGAUCAACUCAGAUGUCAACUUGGAGACCUAUCGGGAUCACUACGACGACGAACAACUGCUUCAAGUGGCUCAUCAAAGCCCUCAUUUUACUCAACUUGAAGCUGAAGCUGUUUCCCUGUAA